AUGGCUAUUACAGCCGCUCCAAGCGCCGCAGGGCAGUCUUCUAUUACUGUUGCUGUUCGAGUUCGUCCAUUCACCAUUCGAGAAGCUUCGCAAUUACAAAAGAAUAAUGACGGAACGGUUUUUCUUGGAGAUGGUUCUUUGGCUGCUGCGCCCACACCAAAGCUACACCAACGAGGUAUUCGAAACGUGAUCAAGGUUGUCGACGACCGUUGUCUAGUCUUUGAUCCUCCCGAAGAUAACCCCGUUCAAAAGUUUGGUCGCUCAGUCGUCCCCUCAUCGAAAAAGGUCAAGGACCAAGUCUUCGCCUUUGACCGCGUGUUUGACGACAACACCACCCAAUCCGAAGUCUACGAAGGCACAACCCGAACUCUCCUCGAUAGCGUACUGGACGGUUACAAUGCAACAGUUUUCGCCUACGGUGCCACUGGCUGUGGAAAGACACAUACCAUUACUGGUACCGCACAACACCCUGGUAUUAUCUUUAUGACAAUGCAGGAGCUGUUUGAGAAGAUCGAUGAGCGCAGUCAGGACAAGGUUACAGAAUUGAGUCUCAGCUAUCUCGAGAUUUAUAACGAGACCAUUCGUGAUUUACUGGUUCCUGGUGGAGGAGGCAAGGCUGGAUUGACGCUCAGAGAGGACAGCAACGCUGCUGUUUCAGUAUCGGGAUUGACGAGCCACCACCCCAAAGACGUGCAAGAAGUCAUGGACAUGAUUGUCCAAGGAAACGAAUAUCGAACAGUAUCGCCUACCGAGGCCAACCUUACUUCUUCACGAUCGCAUGCCGUUCUCCAGAUCAACGUCGCCCAGAAGGACCGUUCAGCCGGCACCAACGAGCCCCAUACUAUGGCCACCCUUAGCAUCAUCGAUCUUGCUGGUUCCGAACGAGCGUCCGUCACAAAGAAUCGCGGCGAGCGCCUUGUAGAAGGUGCCAACAUCAACAAGUCCCUUCUGGCCCUCGGAAGCUGCAUCAACGCCCUUUGCGACCGUCGACAGAAGCAGCACGUUCCCUACCGAAACAGCAAACUUACCCGACUAUUAAAAUUCUCCCUCGGCGGCAACUGUAAGACCGUCAUGAUUGUCUGUGUCUCGCCAUCGAGCGCGCAUUUCGACGAGACGCAAAAUACCCUUCGAUACGCAAACCGAGCCAAGAACAUCCAAACCAAGGUGACACGCAACGUUUUUAACGUCAACCGCCACGUCAAGGACUUUUUGGUCAAGAUUGACGAGCAGAUGGCCUUGAUCAAUGAGCUCAAGGCACAGCAGAAGAAUGCUGAGGGCAUGUUCUUUGCCAAGUUCCGAAAGCAAGCCGAGAAGCGAGAUGCCCUUGCGCGAGAGGGAAUUCAGCGACUUCGAACAGCAUACGAGCACUCUGCUACUGAGCGUCAUGAGCGUAUCAACAAUAUGAAGCGACUCAAGGGUUUCGAGCGACGCAUUGGUAUGCUGUCAGGAUGGAUCGCUGCUUUUGAUACCGUUUGCGACCAGCGAGGAGACGAAGACUCCAUGCCUCAGAACCUUGUCACCAUUCGAAAGACAGCUCAGGGCAUCCUUGUAGAGCUGGAGAACAGCCGACACCAUAUCCAUCAAAAGCUGGAAAAGUCAGGCUGGGAGCGAGCUAUUGACACCGCUCUGUCGCACACCCUCCAGCAGCUCCAAGCAACCGACAGUGCCGACAGUGGGGAGACCGACAAGUUGACUCGUGAAGCCGAGCUGCUCAAGGCCAACUUUAGUCGUGAGGCGUAUAGAGAGGUUCUUGAACAGGACAAGGCUGGUGAUGCUGCCAUGGUCCAAAUGCUCCUUACCGCUCAAUUCGACAUCCUCGCAUCCCUUCACGAUACUCUCGAGAUGGGUGAAGAGGAAGCCGUCGCCCACGCCAAGGAGUCAAUCAACCGUCUCCUCCAAACUGGCUUUACCGCUGCUGGUCAAGUCGUCAAGCCUGACGGCUCUAUGCCUGUAGUCGAAGUCUUUUCGCCUCGAAAAAGAGGCACCCCCAAGCGCAAGAAGGCUAUUGCUAUGCACAUCAAGCCUGUGUCGGCUCCAGUCUUUAUGCCUGAGAACGCCCCUCUUAGCCCAACAAAAGGUUCUCCUCGACGUCGUAAGGUGAUGGGAGCUUCCAAGAAGAGCAUCAGCUUCACGCCAGUCAAGAUGAUGAAGAAGAAGGGCGGAGUUCGAUGGAGGGAUGAUGAGACUGAGGAGGGUACACUGGUGGACUUUUCGCAGACGCCCCAAAAGUUCAACUCAUCACCAGCGAUGCCUUCACCCGAGAAGGAUAUCGUUGCGCCUCCGAUGCCUUCCUAUCUCGAACCCGACGAGUCGAAGAUGGAAGAGUCUAAACUUGAAGACUCGAGUCCCAGACUUGAGGUUCCAGAAGUCUCCAGCCUUGGAGGCGCGAAGCCAAGCAGGUUUCAAGCUGGGUUCCUCUCCAAGGGAGCUAGGCCUUCCCUCGCUGGAGGUUCUCCUCAAGCACCAAGCCUGAGUCUCAGAUUGGGUUCAGUCUCUCCCGACGUUCAACGAACACCACCCUUGCGGUCAUUAGACGUCACUAAGAGUGGCAACUUUUCGCCAUCGCCAUCAGGGUUAGGUAUUCCACGACCGAUUCGACACUUUAACAGAGUACAUGACGAGAACAACCCUCCCGGUUCAGGAUCGGAUUCAGAGACGAGCACCAUUGACGCGCGAAAGCUUCAGACCGCUCUUCGCACAGCCAUGAAGGAAAAGGCUCGUAGGGCGAGCAUUUUGGCUGGUACAGGCGCAUCCAGCUCUAAGCGUGUCUCUUCUAUGGGGAUGCUGCCUGAACGAAGCGCGCCCCGAUCUAGUCUGUCUGGACCUCUCGCCAGCACCACCAACGGCAUCUCUCGACUCCGACGAGGUAGCGCCGAGAGGAGAAGAAGCCCACCAAUGGCAUGCUUCGCCAACGACUUUACCAUUGACAGAGCCCUAACUCAAGGUCAAGCUAGACGCAUGAACAUGAGCACUACGCGAGCAUCAGAAGUCAAUGGUGGAAGUCCUCAGGGCAGCAUGGCCGGCGGCCCUGCACGUCGGAUCACUAUCGGUACCAACUCAGGAGCUGCUCAUCGCCGCCAAGUUAGUGCCGGAGGUACAUGGCGAUGA